UCCAAGAUGGCGGUUGUAAAAGUGGUCUAUCUCGCCGCUUUGUACCCAGGGUGCCGGGCGGCGCGCAGUUGGUGACGCUGACAAUAUGGCUGCCGUUGAGUUGGCAGAACCGGGAUUGGGAUAGUAAGUGAGGGACGGCGGAAGAGUAACAGUAAAAACAAGUACCAGUGCCCCCGCCGACGGCAGAGUCACGGCCGAGUAUUUGAUUGUCUCCGCUGUGUUUCGACCUCCCUCCUUCCUCAUUGCGUUAUUGACACCUGUCCGAGAGGCUCAGGGCUUACGGCCCGGUGCGGGGGGAGGAAGCCAGGGACUCGGGUAACCCGCUGGCCGUCGCUGGUUAGCCAUUUCUCCGUUCCUUUUCAUCGCCCCCAACUCCCCGCCGGCACCAUGUCCUCCUGGUUUGGUGGGAUCGGCUCGGGCCUGGGGCAAUCUCUUGGUCAGGUGGGGGGCAGUCUGACUUCCCUGACUGGCCAGCUCUCCAGCUUCACCAAAGACAUGUUGGCAGAAGGCGCCGAGGAGGUGCGAGAUGCUGCCAGUGAAUUACAUGUAUCCAAUUCCAGAUUGAAGGAUGUUGAAACAGCUUACUCAGCACAGAAGUCAGAGUAUGAACGGUUGAAGAAACUUUAUUCUGAUCUAGAAGAGAAAGAGGCAGCCGCAGAACUCCAGAUAAAGCAGCUAUCUUCGGAAUACAGAAACCAGCUGCAGCAGAAAGAAGUUACAAUAAGCCAUUUGAAAGCCAGACAGAAUUCCUUACAAGAUCAAGUACAGAAGCUCCAAUCUGCUGCUCAGUCAUCGCAAGUUUCCGUUACCUCAAGUACAACCUCCACUGCCUUUCUGCCAGUAGAUACGCCUCACGCAUCCACAUUCCAUGGGGAUACCAUGGAUUUUGGAGAUGUAAUCUGGUCCCAGCACGAAAUUAACAGGCUUUCCAAAGAGGUCUCCAGGUUGGAAUCUGAUGUUGCCCAUUGGAAAGUGCUAGCCCAGGCACCCAAGGGUCAAGGUUCAGACAGUUCUAGUCAUGAUGAUAAAUACAAAUUGCAAAAGACAAUCGAGGAGAUGAAGAAGCAGCUUAGUCAGGAGAUUGAUGACCAUCAGCAUGAGCUGUCAGCUCUGCAGGAUGCACAUCGCCAGAAACUAACCAACCUCACACACCGGCAUAGGGAUGAACUUGCAGAAUACGAAGAACGGAUUGAGGAGUUGGAGCAGCAGUUACAAGAAGCAGGUGCAGACCAUUCAGUACUCCCUGAGGAGAGAAGGUCUCAAUCAGCAACCACAAAGCAGUCUGGAGAUGAGCUGGAAGGUCAGGUUAAGACCAGGAAUGAGGAACUGGCUGAUGGCUUGCUCCAAGAGAAGGUGAAUUCUUCAACAGAAAUAAGGCAACUGAAGGAAGAAUGCAAGAGACUACAGGAAGAAAAUAAAAAGUCACAGGAUUGUAUUGUGGACCUGCAGGGCAUUAUAGAGAAACAGGAAAAGCAACUAUCAGGGAAAGUGGCACUGGAGGAAGAAGUGUUCCAACUAAGGCAAGCUGUUGCAGAUGCAGACAAUAAACUGAAGAGGUUAAAUAACACUAAUGAAGCUGCAUAUACUGGGAAGGAAGAUAUUCAAGAGUUGAAAGUAAGUCUGCAGCUGUCAAUCCACGAAAAGGAGAAAUUGCAAAAAGAAAGGGAUGCUAUCCAAGAGGAACUUUCUAAGUUGCAGAAUAUGCAGGGGAAUAGAAAUUCUCUUUCGGAUCUGAACAAUCUGACCAAGGAAGUGAGUGAGCUAAGGCACAAUUUGUCAACAAAAGAGAGUGAUCUGCUGGAGAUAUCCGUGCAGAAAGACACAUUAAUGUUUGAACUUGAAGAAUUGGAUAAGCAGAAUCAAGAAGCCACUGAGCAUGUGAUCACACUGAAAGAUUUACUGGCACAGCAGCGGAAAGAUUCUGAAAACCAGAUCAAAGAAUUGCAAUCAGAACUGGAGAUUGCUGCAACUGAUAAGGCAUUCAUGGCAAAAGACCUCGAGUCUCAGAGAGACAAGCUGAGUCAGAGUGCUUUUGCACUUAAUGAGCUGCAUAUGAGUAAGCAGCAGCUGGAGAUGAAGGUCAAAGACCUAAUGGAGAAGCUAAACAAAUCAAACACGCAUAGCUCUGACUUAAAGGCCGAUAAUUUAAAUCUUUUGAAGAAGCUGCAGAGUACUGAAUCACAAUUAUCAAUGGUCAAAAUGGACUUGACGCAAGCUGUGGAGCAAGCUGCAAGCAAACAAGGUCAUGAAGAAUUGCUCCAAGAUAAAGAGAGAGAGACUUCAGAGCUAAAGAAGCAGGUCUCAGAAAUGAAAUGUAUAAGUGAUGAGAUACAGACUGAACUGUAUGAUCUCAAAAUUCAGAAUGAAAAAUUGGCUGCAGAAAAGGAGGAAGCUGCUGCAACUAUCAAUGAUGUGAAAGAGCAGCUUGAGGCAGCUAUAGCCAGUAGAAGUGAGAUUUCCAAGGAGGGAGUCACUUUACUUGAGGCAUUGCGAAUGGAGAAGGCCCAGCUGGAGUUUGAAUUGAACCAGGCUGAGAAACGAGUAAAUGAAGAGGCGGCAAAAUAUGAACACACUAUCGAGGAGAUAACAAAGGCUCGAAAUUUAGAUGCAACAGCUUUGCAGAAAGAGCAUGACCGUCUCAUUAAGGCUAACCAGGAGAAGGAUUUUAAGAUUGAAGAACUCAAACGUAUUGUACAACAAUUGGAAAUCGACCACGAAGAGACUAGAGAAAUGCUGAAAUCCACUUUGGACGGACAGGAGCAAUUGACUGAUCUUUUGAAUGAAAAGGAGGUAUUUGUCAAAACACUCAAGAAAAGAAGUUCAGAGUUACAGCAACAAAUUGAAGAGAAUGCAAACAUUUCCAGAGAUUGUGAAUCCUUGAAGCAAUGUCUUGAAGAGAAAGACCGACAAUUAAGUGCAAUGAAAGAAGAAAACAACCAUCUCAAGGAAGAAAUGGAUCGCUUCCGGGACCAACAAAGCAGGCCUCAGCCUCCUGCUGAGCCCAAGACCCUUGAUAUAAUAAUCGAGCUUGAGACAGAGAUAACUGAGCUGAACAAUAAAAAGAAUAGCCUUGAAGAGGAAAUAAGGCUGCACAAAAAGACAGUUGAGCAGCAAAAGCAAAAUGUUUUGGAGCUUCAACGUUCUAUACAAGCACAAGAGAAAGAAGGGGAUGAAGCAAAAACACAGUGUCAAGAAAUUACCUCAAUGUACGAAAAAAUAAUUUCAGAGAAAGAUGAAGAAAUCCACAAACUUCAGGAGUCUAUAAAUCAAAUGAGAACUCAGUUUCAGAGAGAGGUCCUAGUCUCUCCUGCAGAUGCUCCAGUCAUUCUCCAAGAAACUAAAGUACUAACAGUCAAUGGAGAGAAUGGAAAUGAAAAGCAUGAUUUGUCCAAAGCAGAGAUUGACAGGUUGGUUAAUGGACUAAAAGAAAAAGAAAUGGAGAUAAAAGUAUUAAAUGAGAAGUAUUUGUCUCUGAAUAAGCAGUUGGAUCAAUUACCCAUUUUUAAAGAUGAAGUGGGUAGACUAACUCAAAUCAUUCAACAGAAAAACUUGGAGAUCCAAAAGCUUCAUGCCCGGGUGACACCUGGCUCAUACGUGCAAGUUGGUGCAGAUGUGACCUACUUGCAACAGCAACUGCAGGCUUACGCAAUGGAGAGAGAGCAAAUGUUAGCAGUAUUAAAUGAAAAGACAAGAGAGAACAGCCAACUGAAGGCUGAAUACCAUAGAAUGAUGGACAUUGUAGCUGCAAAAGAAGCUGCUCUGUUGAAACUCCAAGAGGAAAAUCUGAAAAUGGUCAAUAAGUAUGAGAAUGAAAGUCAAGACAUGGUACGGGAAACAAUCCAGAAUUUGUCUCGGAUUAUCCGUGAGAAGGACAUGGAAAUAGAUGCCCUUACUCAGAAGUGCCAAACUUUAGUAACUGUUCUGCAGACAUCCGGAAUGGGAUCUGGAGGCGAAUCAGGCUUGGUGAGCAGUAAUCAGUUUGAAGAACUUUUGCAAGAGCGUGACAAAUUAAAACAGCAAGUAAAGAAAAUGGAGGAGUGGAAGCAGCAAGUGAUCACCACUGUUCAGAAUAUGCAGCAUGAAUCUGCACAGCUUCAGGAUGAACUCCUUAAACUUCAAGGUCGAUUGUCGACUGAUGGUGACUGUAACUCUCGGCUUCAAAUAGACUACAACCGAUUAAUUCACAGUUACGAGCAAAAAGAGAAGAAAUUGCAAACCUUAAGUCAAGAACUAGCAGAGGUCCAGCAAAGCAUUGGGCAGCUCAGCAGUACCAAGAACCUUAUACUCGGCAAGUUGGAUGGGGUACCCACAGCUGGAGUAUUGCAAACACCGGUUUCUUGCAGUGGAUUGUCGACCGUAGAGCAAUUUGACCAAAUUAAAACACUGCAACAAGAGGUACAAUGUUUGAGCAAAAUAUUGGAGGGAAAGGAGGCCACAAUAGUUGAACUUCAAAAUAACAUAAAAUCCUUCAGCUCUCGGGCAGCACACGCUGAAAUGGACAAAAAGGAACAAGAUGCUGCUGCCCUGGAGAUGAGACACGUAAGGGAAAGAAAUGAAGAACUACAAAGAUCAUUCAGGGAAAAAGAUCUGCUUAUUAAAUCAAAAAGUGAUCAGUUGUCAUCAGUGACAGAGAGCUUAAGGAAUAGGGACGCUGAAAAUGAAGUUUUGAAACAAGCUGUCACUAAUCUGAAAGAGAGAAUUUCACUUUUAGAGAUGGAUGUCCAUAAAGUCCAAGAAGAGAAUGACCAAAUUGUAGCUAAAUCAAGAGAAAAAGAAACUGAAUUUCGAGCUCUGCAGGAGACUAAUAUGCAGUUCUCUAUGAUGUUGAGAGAAAGGGAGUUUGAGAAGAAUUCCAUGAAAGAAAAGGCUUCUGCAUUAGAAAAACUGCUAAAGGAGAAAGAAGAGGGAAAGACUGGUGAGUUAAACCAACUGCUGAAUGAAGUGAAAUCAAUGCAAGAGCAAGCUGGGAUGUUUCAGCAUGAGAGAGACCAAGUAAUGCUGGCCCUCAAACAGAAACAGAUGGAAAACUCUGCGUUAGUGAAUGAGUUGCAGCACACACGUGAUAAGGAGCAGCGUUUGAACCAGGAUUUGCAGCGAUUACGGCAACACUUAAUUGAGAUGGAAGAGUCAUACACCAAAGAGGCGUUGGCAGCUGAAGACCGAGAGGCUGAGCUCAGGAAAAGGGCUACUUUUCUGGGGGAGAAGUUAGCAUCCUCAUCUUCUGCUGUGGAAGAUGCCAGCCACCAAGCCAGCCUUCAAGUGGAGUCCUUGCAGGAACAACUCCAAACUAUUGCAAAACAGCGAGAUGAAGCCAUGAUGCAAUUGAAUAUGUCUCAAGAGCAAGUGAAGCAGUAUGCAAUGUCACUAACCAACCUGCAGAUGGUGAUAGAGCAAUUCCAACAAGAGGAGAAAGCGAUGUAUGCAACUGAAUUGGAGAAGUAUCAGAAGGACAUUGCAGAGUGGAAGAAGAAAGCAUCAAAUCUUGAGAAAACAGUCACAGAUUUAGAGCAACAUUUAAAAGAAGCCAAUGAUGCUCUAGAUUCUGCAUCAAGACUAGCUGAGCAGUUGGACCUUAAAGAGGAGCAACUGGAAGAUCUUAAAAAGCAAGUUGUGACUCAACAGGACAUGUUGGAAGAUGCGCAGAGAAAACUGCUGAACCUAGUCAACAACAGUGAAGGUAGAAUUGACAAAGUCUUGAUGAGAAAUUUGUUUGUGAGUUAUUUCCAUACUCCAAAGAACAAGCGUGAUGAAGCAGUAAGGCUAUUGGGAAAUGUUUUGGGGUUAAAGAAAGAAGAAAUUAAAGAGCUCUUGGAUAGUGAGCAUCGUAGUGUUACUGGAUGGGUCACUAGUUGGCUUGGUGGUAGCCGAAGUAGUGGAACACAAAGUUUCCCAAGUACGCCACAGAGGCCAAACCAGCUCUCGGGUUUCAACAGUUCUUUCUCAGAAAUGUUUGUUAAGUUCCUGGAAGUAGAAUCUCGACCUUCCCUUCCACCUCCAAAACUGCCAGUUUACGACAUGCACCCAGUCGGAGCCACAUCUGGAAGCAGCCAGCCAUCCAGCAGUUAUUCCAGCCAUACUGCAGGUAUAUCGGCAGAGGGUCCAGUGAAAAAAUCUGACUCAAAUCCUUUCUUGGCUCCACGAUCUGCUGCUAUCCCCCUCAUCACAUCAACAGCCUCCAGUGGUGUUGCGGCACCCCAUCUCCUCAUGAAACCAAUCUCCAAUGCUCUUCCUACGUUUACACCUUUACCAGUGUCUCCAGAUUCUAGUGCCGGGGCUGUACUUAAAGAUCUCCUCAAACAGUGAAAGAACUGGAGCAAACUACUGCAGCACUUUAAAGUGAAAUGACACUAUAGACUAUUGUUGCACAGAGAGGCCUUCUUCAGAGUGUACAAAGUCUCCCAGGUGUUAUUUACAUCUUUCAAAUGCUCUUCUUUAGUUAGAAAAGCUAAGUCUACUAAGAUUGCAAGGAUGCCAGCCCACAAUCCAACUGGAGAAGGUUUGGCCGAGAUGUAGAACACUUUCUGCCUCUCUAAAAGCCUAGCUAUGAAUACUUGUACUAAGCACAUGAGGUGAGCAUUAUUACUGACUGUAAAUACUGAAUAUCUGGCACUUAACCAAGAUCUGUGGUGUUGGGUAAUUACAAUUCAAAAGAAAUUUCAAGAUGCUGCUGAGAUUCAGUAUCCUUCCAAAAUCCUGAUGGGAUUUAUCUGGUUGCAAUCUGUAUGUGGUAAUGGAUUUCCAUUUCCAUCCUCUCUCGGGGGGGGAAAAAAAACCUCUUCAUUAGAGUUCCAAAGAAAUACAAAUGCAGUGUUGCAUACUUGAAGCCUAUUAUAAGUGGACUGCCUCUUGUAACUUAUUGUACUGUUGUAUGUGUUACCUGCCAUGGUAGUAAAGGGUUUUUUCCCUCUGUUGCUGCAUUUAACCAAGGUGGUACCAGCAGUGGACAAGCUUUGCUUUGGCUCAUUUUUCAUUUUCUCUUAUGAAAAGAAUGAAAUGGUAACCUCCACUUCCCCACCCCCUCAUAUCCAGAAGGUUCAAGAGAUUGGUGGUGAAGGCCCCUAAUUUAAAAGAAAAUUGUCUGCCAGUCUGCUAAGCAGUUGUGAAUCUUAAAUGUAAAUUAAAGCAUUAGUUUAAUAGAGGAUGUUUUGUUCUUCCUGUUGUGAAUGGAUAAUUCCGUAGAAAAUCUUUAGAAAUUUCCAGUUCUAAAGACAGAAGCCUUGCAAGUCUUUAGAAUUUUUUGUUUUAAUUUAAACUGUCAGCACCCUGGCUGCAGGAAGCAUAAAAUGUAUCCUCUCACUUUACAAUGGAGCCAUCUCAGCCCAGCUUGUGCUCCUGAUAGUUUUUUUUUGGUUUUCUGGAUGGAUUUGUUUUGACUCUUUCAAAGAGGCCUGAUGUUCAUAAGCACAACAGACUUUGAGUUGGAUCCCAGAUGUACUAAGGAUUUCUUUGGGCGCCAAAAUUGGAAUAAGUAACUUUGGUACUUACUUCAACUGUACAGUAAACGGUAGAAAUCCUUUUCAAUCGUGCCUGCAGAGAAUAAUCUAGAUGUGUUCGAUGCUGGCUAGUGCCAAGAGAUCUGUAAUUUUGUGCAAAUGAUGUUGGUCUGAUGAUCUAUUACACCUUGUGUUAUAAUUCUCUUGGAAUAAUUUGUAUGCUUCUGCAAUCUGCGACUGUGGAGUCAAGUCAGGCCUUUCUGUUGUACGUUAUUCCAGUUGCACCUCAUUGUAUCAGUGAGAGUGACAGCAAUCACCAGCUUACAACAGAAUUCUUGGUAAAAAUUAUUUGCUGUUUCCACAGCAUAUGUCCCAUAUAGUCUAUAAAUUUAUAAUAACCAUUUGAUCUCUAAAUUAUCCAGAAUUGAUUUAAUGCAUUACAAUUUGGUGUGUAAUAUUGUAGUUAACCUGAAGAGUGACAUCUCUUGGAUAUAUUAUAGUAAACUCUAAUUUUGUCAAAAAUGUUCAGGUUCAUUAUUAAAAUAAUUUAGGAAUUACUGUGUAUGUGUCAAAAUGGAAAAUAUUAUCAUAACCUAAAAAAUUAAUCCUCAGGAUUGGGGUUGGGUUUUUUAAUGUUUUGUAGUUGAAUUAUUUAGCUUUAAAAGAGACUCCAAUUUGAGGCUGGACAUGAAGUGUCCCUUUCAGUCUACGAUGUAGUCCGCUUCGCCAAACUCCUUGGGCUUUGUUCAAGACUGAAAAUCAAUGACUACUCCAACUAUAAAUACAUUUACAAACUCUUUCUCCAAAACUCAUUUUUAAUUUGAAUAAUGCAAAUUAAUUAUAUUUUUCUUGAGAUUUUAAAUGUAUCUUAAUUUUUCCUGAAAGUGUGGACUUAUUUUCUGGAUAUCAUUCCAUUGCUGUGGAAAGUUUUCUGUUAUUCUAAUACUUUCUUAUUCAAGGGAUGUGCAUGUUCCAGCUUUCUUAAAACUGCAGCAGUCAAUGUUGGUUAGGUACAUACUGUAAGGAAGUGAGUCCUGAACAUCGACCCAGUAGUAAUGAAAGAAAAAUGAUUUAUUUCAAAGUCAGCAUGGUGUGUGUCUUGGAGGGAAACUUGCAGGUUUUGCAGCCUUUGUGCUAAGCAGUAAAGGUCGUAGGUUUGGUUAUUGUUUAUUGUAUAUGAAUAUGGUGACUGUUGCAGUUUGGUUACAGGCCAUCUGCACCUCAGCGUCUCGGUACUUCUCACAGAUUUCAUCGAGGGUUGGAAUCUAUAUUUGGAUUUGCAAUAUGGAACUUUAAUCAAAUCUGUCCCAGGAGCUAGCAUCACAAUCCCAUUAAAUUCGCACUUUUUGUUAUAUUAUUAGAUCUCAAAAUAUAAGAAAACAAAAUCAAUGAUAAACGAUUGUUAGGGCUCUUGCACUGCAUUGGUAUUGUCCUUAUUUCUGGACAAGAUGGCCCAGAUUCAAGUCCCACCUACUCCAGAGGUAUGUAAUAAAAUGUAUGAGCAUGUUGAUUAAAAUUAUCUAAGGCUGUUGUUUCAGAAAUGUAAUGCAGUACCCCAGCUGAGCGUACAGCUACCCAGAAGAGUGAUGUGAGGCUAAUCUUUAUGUGGUAUUUGUUUCGUAAUGCAUCAUCAGCUUUGGAUUACAUCUUGAGCCAGAAGAAUGAUGUUUUUGGAUGUGCGCAUACGGUGCGUAAUAACUUCAGAAGCUCCACAGCAUGUUGCAGUCAGUGAAGUAUUUUUGAACUGCAGAAUUGUUGAAUUGCAAGAAACACAGCAAAUGGCUUGGGCAUAGCAAGUUUCCAUAAAAAAACCUGUGAUAAAGGCAAGAUAAACUGUUCUGUGUGAUGGUGAAUGAAAGACAUGUCAGGAUAAAUAGGUACCUUCCUUUUGUUUGAAAUAAUCCCUUGGGAUCUUUUAUCUUUAAACAGACUGGGCCUUGGUUUGAUAUUUCACUUGGAAGAAGACACUUCUGACAGUGCAGUACUCCUCACUUUUGCAGUGGAAUGUCUGUCCUGUAUCUAGAACAAGAUUUAUAACUCAGAUGGAAGCAACUGACCCUUGGUUAACAGUUUUAAGGUUUAAACUACUCCACUUCAAGAGCACGUUUUCUAGAAAUCAUGUAUUCACUGUAUUCCUGAAGGAAUGCAGUACUGUUGACGAUGUAAUCUUUCAGGUGAGGUGUUAAGUUUGUUCUCUCGGUAGGCAUAACAGAUUUCACAAAUUUGUUCUGGCCACUGUUUAUCACCUGUUUAAAGAAGACUUAAUACAACUAUUCACUAAAUCUUUCAUCUUGUUGCUGUUUUUGGUACCUGCUGUGCACAACUUGCUACUGAAUUUUCUACAACAGUAGGUACAAUUCAAAAAGAGCAUCUUGUGCUUUAAAGCAUAUGGGAUAUCUGAAAAAUCAUGAAAGGUGCUGCAUCAUUUAUGUAAUGAGUAUGCUGGAUGUACUAUACCCAUUGUUUCACCUUUAGGUUACAGAAUGCAGGUAUAUGGGCUAAGCACUAGGCUAGUUGACCAAUCCAGGAAGUCCAAAUGUUAUGGAGACGUUGUGUUGUGCCCUUGUUAAAGGUACAGUGAUUGUCAUGCAGGGUGUUAAAAUAUUGUUCUCUGUUUUCAUCUGUUUUCAAUUGUAGAAAAUUCAGUAUAAAGCUGUGUCAAAACUUAAUUUUAAUUUCAGAAGACUCAGAACACUUUUGUUUCCAUCCAUCAACAAUUCUUUUAGCGUCUCGUUGAGACACCACUGUUUUCACUGCAUUUAGCCAAUUGGAAAACAUUGGAUUUCAUUUUGAUGGCAGACAUUUAAAUCUGUAGAUAGGUGGGGGGUGUAUUAAUGUUGACCUGGGAGGCUGGCUUGUCCAGAAUAAGGGUGAGACAAAGAUUAUUGUCCUUUCACAAUUGGACUUGCAUUUGAAAUCUGUGCUAACUUAUGAAGUUGAAGUGACCUCUCUAUUGAUUAAGUUCAGUAUCAUAUGCGUGCUCUCCUACUUAAACAUAGCUAUAAUUUAAUAGCAAUCACUUAGUACUAACUUUCAUUCUUGAAGACCAACUAAGAUAGCUCGGAAGUUGAGAGAGAAAGAAGAAUUUGCUACCGUGAGGUGUUGGAUGCUAUGCUGAAGUCAGGAUUAAAGAAUAUUAUUUAGGUUAAAUUAAAACAACUUUAGUGCUAAUGAAGUUAGUGUAGCUGGACCAAUAUUCAAAUAACAUACUUGAAUACUUUGCUUAAAUUGAGUAUUGAUACACUUUUGAAUCCUAUGCUGUUAUCCAGGCUUUCAAGUAACUCUUUGAAAUAGAAAUAAGGUUAUUUUAGUCAUUUUAACCAUGCAUUUCAUGAAAUUACGAACGUCCUUACUUCCUUACUAAUGAUGAGGAACCUUGGCUGGUUUGUCUGAUGCUGUUCUAGACAUAAGUUUAUAAAACGCAGAUGAAUUCAGUUUUCCUGAAAAAAUGCGCAUAUGGAGCUUUUGUAAUGGAUCAUUGGAUAACUGUAUUAAAUAAUAUGGUGCUGAACUGUGCUGACCCAAUUUGGCAUUGGGUAGCUCCAGUUGGCCUCAGCGUCUGUCUCAGUGGAAGCGUGUACGUGCAGAUAGUGGUGGGGUCAUGAUUGAGUUUGGCUUGCAAUCCUUUUCCAUCCCCACAUGAUCCAUCCAUUCACUGACAUUGCUACAGCAGUUUUGGCAUAGGAUGACUGCCCAUUUAGAAGAGACAUUGGAAAGGUGCAAACUUUGCUUAAGGGUGAUAUGCUGCCUUCAAGAGGAGAGAAAGAAGAGUGGAAACUUUUAUGUGCCUUUUCUUCUUUCGAUUAAUUUUGCAGGAAUGUGAGUGUUCCACAAAACUUCAUUUCUCCUUUAUGCCUUUACCUGCGUUUUUAUUCUAUCAAACUUGGUUUCCCUGACUCUUUUCACUUUCAGCGUGAGUAUGUUUAUAAUACACAGGCAUAGGAGUAAGCUGUGGUUUCCUUUACUCUGACAAUUGUACGUUACAGCUGAAUUAGAAAAGUCCAUUGUUUUGUUUUGUGUAUAACAAAGAAUUUAUGAGACAACUACUUUUAAAAUUGGUUAUAAAAUUUCCACAGUUGUUAAAUUUACAAUUUAAAUGUUACAAUUUUUGUUUUAAAAUAAUGUUUAAAAAAAUUACCUGUUCAUUCCAAUUAAUUUUCCUCUUUCAAAUCUGUUUAUCUUUAUGGUGUCAGGUAUGUAACUAUAUGUAACUGCCCAAAUGGAAAGAAUGUAUAUCAAACUAGCUAGUUUGGAAAAUACAAAGAAAUGUAUUCCGUAUCAUCUAUUCAGUGUUGCAUUUGCUGUGUGCAUGUGCUGGAGCAUAUCCUGAACCAAAUACUGUAACUUUCAUGUGUACCUUGAAGGCCAUAUUAAUUACUUCAAGACGAUUAAAUUUUAGAAAAAGGCUGAUGGCAGAGUAAGAUAAAACACUCCUCAUAUGCUUGCAGCAGCUCGAAUUUACACAUCUUUUUAUAGUAAAAUAACCUAAAGUGCUUCAUAGGAGCAUUGAGUACAACUCAAAUCAAGCUAUACAGGGAAACAUUGAGGACAGGUGACCUAAACCUUGGUCAAGGUUGAUUUUGAAGAGCAUUUUCAAGUGCAGUGGCUGGGAGAGGAAAUUCCAGAGCUUCAAGUUUAACCAGCUAAAGAUAUCAUUGCCAGUGAUGAAGAAUUAAAAUUGGGUAUGCCUAAAUGGCCAGAAUUCGAGAAAUGCGGAGGUGUCAAGGCUGUCGGAUUGAAUCCAGUUUGAAGUUCUCCAGUCUCAGGCAGGCAUUGUGGAUUUUAUGUUCAGUCUGUACAAAUUACAUGAAUACAGCACGAAAGAGUUGGUUUGAAAACAAAUGGUCUGAAUUGGUGAUUAACUGAAAUGUAAAAUAUCACUAUCAAGGUGCUAUAGAGGUAAUUAUUGUUUGAAAAGGGAAGAAAACUUAGGGAUAAUACAGAAGGCAAAAUUCCCACUCAAAUGUUAGGAGCACUAUCUGUAUCAUCAUAGCUGUUGAUCAGUGGCUUUCACAGUCACUGAAUAGUUGCAGUUUAGAAGGAGUGAUUUUGACCCAUUUGUGUCUGAGCUGGCUAAUAAAUUGAACAUCCUACUUGGCGCCAUUCUCCUGCUUUCUCCUGAUAUCCUCUCAUAUAGUUCCUUUUCAAAAAAAAGCAGUCUAAUUCCCCCUUUGAAUGCCUUGAUUGAACCUGCUUUCAUCAUGCUUUGAGACAGGAUCUGGGGUGCGCUAACGACUUGGUGUAUGUAAACAAUUUUUGUUGUUUUAUCUCUGCCCUCCCGUUCCUGUCACAAAUGGGAACAUUUUCUUUGUUUACUUUGUUUGGGUGCUUUAUGAUUUAAUACUCAGAUCUCUAGUCAGCCUUCCUUUCGCCAAAGUAAGCAAUCCCACCUUCUCCAAUGUGUUUUCUUAACUGAAUUUCUUCAUCCCUGGAAUCAUUCUCGUAAACAACUUCUUCACUCCCUCAAAUGCGUUCAUAUUUUUCUUAACGUGUGACAGAGAAAAGGUCGCAAACUCCAGUGAGGCUGAACUAGUGCCUUAUACAAGUUCAACAUAGCCUGCUUGUUCUACACCCUUAUAGUGAAGUCGAAGAUACUGUUCACUUACUUGACUGCUUUUCAACCUGUUCUGCCACUUUUUUUUGUGGUGCUGGCUCGAAGGGCCGAAUGGCCCACUCCAGCACCUAUUGUCUAUUUUAAUGACAUGCACCCAGAUCUGUCUAUUCCAGCAUCCAUUUUAGCCAUAAUUUUGUAUUGUGCCUCCAUGUUCUUCACAUCAAAAUGGAAUUUGCUUUUGAAAUAACUCCACACAGGCUGGUAUCCUAUCAUUAAGUCAUCCAUUAUUUACACGUGGACAGUCUUUUGCACUGAUCCAGCUCCCUUAGAGCCAACUCCGAGUGUCGGGGAAGUCCUGUUUUUAUAUUUUAGCCAGGGUUCGCUGGACUAGAUUUACACCCCCAAUCAGUGAACUGGCAUUCUAAGAGGACCAUUUGGCUGACUUUGUUUCAAUCACAACAGUUUUAUCUACUUAACUAAUAUAAUUGCUCAUUUUAAUAGGGAAUCUGGUGGUUGAUAUAACAAAAAAGUCUAGCAGUAACAACUUAGGUUUCUGUAAUGGGGCAUUGAACUAAAAAUGAACCGUUUUGAUUAAAGCUCCUAGGGGUCAUGCUUCCUCACUGUAUUGCUUUCUGUUUCAGUGCACGUUGUUGGGACUUAAGAAGGUGCAAGAGAGAUACUGAUAAGAACUUGUGUUAAGCUUGAGGAAUUUGCCACAGUCACUAAAGCCAGAACCUUUCCAUUUCCCAAAACACAAGCCUUGCCUUAAUGAGCUGAAAAAAAUACAGCAUUAAUUCUGCAAUACAGACUAGCUUACGCACAGUAUUAAAUAUUGCAUUUUAACUCCUGUAAGGGAUUAAACUUUGUUCAUUUUUUUCUGUAAAGGUCAAGGCAAGCAUUACCUUGAUAGACUUAACAUUAGGAGAUAACAAGAACUGCAGAUGCUGGAGUCAGAGUCAAUGCAGUGUGGAGCUGGAGGAAAGCAGCAGGCCAGGCAGCAUCAGAGGAGCAAGAGAUUCGACGUUUUGGGUUGGGACCCUUCAUCAGGACUGGGGAGGUGGAAAGGAGCUGGAAAAUAGAGGGAGGAAGGGUGGGGCUGCAUAACUCCAGCUCCACAUUGUAUUGACUCUGACUCCAGCAUCUGCAGUUCUUGUUAUUUCUGAGUGACUUAAAACCCUAGUGCAAAACCUAUUCCAAAGAUGCCCACUUUGAAGAAGUUGUCUUCCUCCUUCCAGAAAUACCUCUAUCCAAAAUAAUCUAUCAACUUCCCACAGCCCCCAUCCCUCCUCUCUAUUUAUUUUCUAUGCAAUUGUAGCAUAAACCCUAGCGCAUUUAUCACAAGAAUGAAUUGUUGAAGAUUAGUAGAUAACAACGUGUGGAGCUGGAUGAACACAGCAGGCCAAGCAGCAUCUUAGGAGCACAAAA